CUGACACAUUCUGUAUAUCCUCACAAAGAAGCAGCAGUUCUCCCAGAGCACUUUGAAUAUAAGUACUCUUUUUCUGCUCAUGACCUGACCGAUGCUCUAUCCGCUCUCUGUAAUGAAAUCACACAGGAAGCCUUCACUAAGCAGUCGUGUAGCCUAUGUGUUAAAUUGUGAUACUGUACUUGCUGAGAACAGUGUGAAUUUGUCAGCUGGUUUCCUGAGAAUUUGUCAGUUGUAAAACUCCUUCCCACAACACCAGUAAGAGGAUGAUUUUUUUUUCUUUCUAUUUUUUAUCUAUUGAAGCUGUUGUGAAGGCUUGAGUAAGCUGCUUCUAAGAAUAUUUGGAGCUACCUUGAAACAUUCACACGGCUGAGAGUAUGAGGUUACCCUAUUUCCCAGCGAGGUCGGUGCUCUUCCACAAGGAGCCCAACGGAGUGACAUACAGAGUCCCAGCGCUCCUCUACCUGUCCCGGUCCAGGUCCUUCCUGGCCUUCUGCGAGGAGAGACUCAGUCCAUCCGACUCUGAGGCUCACCUGCUGGUCAUGAAGAAAGGCACUUUCUACAGGAACUAUGUGGAGUGGGAGGACAUGCGUGUCCUGGGCACUGCUUUCCUGCCAGGCCACCGGUCCAUGAACCCGUGCCCGGUGUACGAUGAUUUCACAGGUACUCUCUUCUUGUUCUUCAUCGCGGUCCUCGGUCACACCCCAGAGUCCUAUCAGCUGGUAACGGGGAAGAACGUGACCCGUUUCUGCUACAUCUGCAGCACUGAUGACGGAGACACCUGGAGUCCUGUCACCGACCUAACCAAGAGGGUCAUAGGAGACACUGUCAAAGAAUGGGCCACUUUCGCUCUGGGCCCAGGCCACGGUAUCCAGCUGAAGUCCGGUCGACUGCUGAUUCCUGCUUAUGCUUACCACAUUGACUGCAAAGAGUGCUUUGGACAGCUCUGCCAGACCACUCCCCACGCCUUCUGCUUUCACAGUGACAAUCAUGGGCGGACCUGGCGUUUCGGGGAGGCGGUGCCGGGGCCGGAGAGCGUGGAGUGUCAAAUGGUGUCGGUGGACGAAGAGGACGGGACUAAUGUUUUGUAUUGUAACGCACGCAGCCCUCUCGGUUACAGGGUGCAGGCCCUCAGUCUGGAUGAUGGAGCGCUGUUUCAGGAAGGCCAGCUGGUGCAGCGUCUGGUGGAGCCUCGGAAUGGUUGCCACGGAAGCAUUGUGGGAUUUCCUGCCCCGUUACAUUUAUGUCAUUCUCUUGGCAAUCACCUACACCAACCUAUACAUCACUCGAGACACUGGACGUCCUGCAUGACUAACUCAAACCACACCAUCCCUCCAUCUCCAAACAGCACCACCUCUGGUUCUACCAGACCCUUGACACCUGAUCAUCCAGAUUUCCUCACCCCCACCUGGGUAGUAUACUCCCAUCCAACAUGGACCACCGCACGCAAGGAUCUUGGCGUGUUCCUCAGCCUCUUUCCCCGUGAUCCAGACAGUUGGCGUGGCCCCUGGGUGAUCUACGAGGGCCCCAGUGCAUACUCUGACCUCGCCUAUCUAGAGUUGCCCCCCUCACCUGGUGCACCGCCCGCUGUGGCCUUCGCCUGCCUGUUUGAGUGUGGCACCAAAACUGCCUACGAUGAAAUCUGCUUCAGCAUCUUUACCCUCUACGAGCUUAUUGAUAAUCUUCCCCGGGAGGCGCAGCUGGGACACAACAAUCCUGAAUGCAACAGACAACAGAAUCAAGUCUCUGAGUCAGAUUUUAGAAGUGGACGUGACGCUCAAAGUGCAGCAGUUUUGCAUCAGGUGCCUCGUGUGAAGAAGAGGAAGAACAAGUUGACUGAGAUGUGCUCUGUGUCUUAAAUGUAUUUUUGAGCUAUUAUCUUCCAAUACAUUUUCUAUGCACUCUGUGGCAAAAUACACAUGAACAAUGCAACUGUUCUUUCAUAAAAUGUACUUUAUGAUGCACAAUUUAUGAUAGAUCUGUACACAUUUACCUAAUAAAGUGGCUUGUGGAGUAUGUCCACCGAUUAUUACAGAAUAUUGUACACACUAUUAAUAAGAGGAAUUAUUUGUACGAGUAAUGUAGUUUCUGUAGUGUUAUUCAGUUGAUUUCAGUUACAUGAACUGCAACACAGCAGUACUUAUUAAUGAUUGAAUGCCUUUCGGUUCAGUAUGUUUGUUUUGGCUUUGAUCAUUUUCUAAUUUUAAUGUUGUAGAACACAUUGCCAUUAAAGUUUUCUUGACACUUAAAA